AUGUCAAAUAUCAACUUGGGAAACAUCACAUCGCGAAUGUCAGCACUCACCCCCUCAGGAAACGGCAACAACGACCCAGCGGUGAACGGUUCAUCGGCCACCAACACCACAGGAAAUGCGGAAAUGGACAAAAAUAAAGGGACAGAGACCGACAAAAACAAGGAAACAAGUCAGUCGGCAAAUUCUAGCGGCACAGGUGCCAAAGGAAAAGAAGCCAACCCACCUGAAAAGACAAUCACGUCCAACCAGGGGAACAAGCAAAAAGGGAAAGAUUCAAUUUCUAGAAUGGAACACAAUUUCUGCGAAUAUUUCGGAGCAGCACCCCCCAAACUCCCUAAAAUCAAGAAGAUCCAGCGUGUUGAAGAAAACCAAACACAAGGACCCAACCAAGCUACCCCUUCCAAAGACUCUCCGUUCGAUUUCGACGAAGAAACCAGGAAGAAAAAACUCAAAGAAGCAUACGCUAGGCUGGAAGAGAUCAAAAAGAUGAAAGAGGAAUUGCAGACGAUAAUUAAUUUGAUCAAAAGUCAAGAGAAGUCGGCGAUAGAUCUCACCGACUCUCAUACAGACAAGACACACAGCCCCAACUCCUCAUCUGCACUCGUAGAAGGUGGUCUAUCCUUUGAUCUCACGAAAGCCCCAGACGCAAGCUCAUUCAGUCUGCCAAUUUAUUUCCACAAGAACAUGCAAGCAUUACAAGGUUCCCUACCCCUCACAGUGUUUAACAAAUCUUGGCAGCAAGCGGCGAGCAAUACACACACAGAGUACAAAAAAUCCGACAAAGACAACGAUAAGUACAGAGGACACCCUGUCCCAAGUGAAUGGACUCAGUCUCGCUACGACUGGACCGAAAACAUGGAUAACCUCAUCACCACCUGUAGAGAAGUCUGCAAAUACAUCGGUUUCGCAGACUCCAUGGAAAUCCACAAGAAGAGGGUCAUGACAAUCUUCAAGCAGCAACGUAGCUGGGUAGUGGCUUUCCGAUAUGAUCUCACAGUAAGGAAAGCGGUUUUCGCAAUCAGAAACCCGGGGGCAAGCGUCCCAAACCCGGCUCUAGAACCCACAGGCUUACUAGACGAAAUCUACUAUUCAGCCAGAUCCCAAAACGAUCUAGUGACCUCUGAUAACCCUUACAGAACUGGAGGCCCCAAAUUCGGUAAAAACCCAUAUUCAGACAUAACAACAGAUUUACCAACAUCCCAAACUUCGUACCAAGCCAAUUCCCAGGCCAGCUCGUCUUCAAGACCUCAGAGAGUCACUCCAUACGCCAAAGGACCGAGUUUGUACGGAAACUACAAGGGGCGAAACUUCAACGCCAACUACAAAAGGCCAGAGUCAGGAAAGAAAGAUUAUAAAGGAAAAGGAAAAGAAAAGAAAGAGUAG